AUUCGCCCAUCACCACCGCCACCACCGCAAGCAGAGCCCAGUCAGUCCGCCCGCCGCCGCCGCAGCAGGCUAUGGGGUGCGCGCAGUCCAAGGAGGACGCGGAGGGCCCCGUGGCGCGGUGCCGGGAGCGGAAGCACCUGCUGCGCGACGCCGUCGAGGCCCGCCACGCGCUGGCGGGCGCGCACGCCGGGCACGCCGCGGCGCUCAAGAACGUCGGCGCCGCGCUGUCCGACUACGCCACCGGGGAAGGGGAGGCGCACGGGGCUGGUGGCGGGGUGCACCGGUCGGCGUCGGCCGAGGCGGCGGCGCUCGUGUCGGCGGAGGGCAAGCCCGUGCUGGCGCUCCUGCCCCCGCCGCCGCCCGUGCUGCCCCCGCCUCCGCCGCCGCCUGGCGACGCCGUGGAGGAUCACGCGCCGCUCGCGAGGUCGCUGAGCGCGCCCGACCUGCACCUCCAGCGCGUGAUCAAGAAGAAGCCCUCCGGCGAGGCGCCCAUCAUGGAGGAGGACGACGACGGCGGAGAGAGGGAGGGGGAAAGUGACGGCGGCGCCGGACGUCGACGACGAGACGACGAUGACGAAGAGCUGAAGCCCCCGCCGCCGCUCCCCGCGCAGCGGGCUCCUCCCUCGCGCUCCCCGCCGCCUCUGCCGCCAGAGACGGACCACAAGGCGGACGCCGCCGCCGGGUUCAUCAACGACUACUUCUUCGACCCCACGCUGCAGCCCACGCUGGACACCGGCGCCGCCGAGCCGUCCUCGUCGUCGGCUCCGGCGGCCGAGCGGAGGGAGCAACCGCCGCCCGCGCCAGAGGAACAUCCCCCGCAGUCGGCGGCAGCGAAAGAGGUGGCCGAGGGCAAGAGGCCGGUGGCGGCCGAGGCGGCGACCACGCGCCGGGCGCUGACGCAGAAGGCGGCGAGGAAGGGGGAGGGCAAGAAGGCCAAGGCGGUGAUGCUGGCCGCGCCGCCGGGCAGGCUCGGCGUCGGCGACAUCCUCCGCGCGCUCGACGAACACUUCCUCCAGGCGUCGCAGAGCACGCACGAGGUGUCCAAGCUGCUCGAGGCCGCGCGGAUGCACUACCACUCCAACUUCGCCGAGACACGAGGAUUUGUGGACCAUUCUGCCAGAGUGAUGCAAGUAAUCACUUGGAAUCGCUCGUUUAAAGGGAUACCACAACCUGAAAAUGUGAGGAAUGAACUAGACGAGGACGAAUGGGAGACACACGCUACCACUCUUGAUAAGCUGCAUGCAUGGGAGAAGAAACUAUACCAUGAAGUCAAGGAUUUUGAGGUUAUCAAAAGGGAGUAUCAACAGAAGCUAGCUGUUCUCAACAAAAAGAAGCAGCGUGGUGUCAGUUCUUCGUCACUCGAGAAGACCAAGUCUGUUGUUAGUCACUUGCACACAAAAUAUGUAGUCGAUAUGCAAACAAUGGAGUCAACAAUUGCAGAAAUCAACCGUCUGAGAGACCACCAACUAUACCCGAAACUUCUUGAACUUGUGAAGGGAAUGGGGGUCAUGUGGGAUACAAUGUACAUUCACCACAAAACACAGCUGAGGAUCAUCUCAGGGCUCAAGUCGUUGGACAUCUCCGUUGCUGCACGCGAAACAAGCGAUCAGCACCAUGAUCGGACAGUGCAGCUGUAUAACGUUGUUCAGGAUUGGCAUGCUCAGUUCGACAAGUUCAUGACCUACCAGAAGCAGUAUGUGGGGAGCCUCUACAGCUGGAUCAAGCUAAAUGUGAUCCCCAUUGACACCAACCUGAAGCCCAACUCAUCUCAGCCACAUGAGACCACACCUCCCAUCAAGAGGCUGCUGCAUGCCUGGCAUGAUAUCCUCGGAAAGCUCCCCGAUGAGGCUGCGAAGAAGGCGAUAUACACGUUCGCAGAGAUCGUAAAGACGAUCCUGGUUCAUCAGGAGGACGAACUAAAGCUCCGGUUAAAAAUUGAGGAUACUAGGAGGGAGCAUGGGAGGAAGAGGAGGCAGUUCGACGACUGGGCACAGAAGUACAUGCACAAAACAGCAGGCAUCCUUCCUGAGGAUGGCAACCCUGAUGGCCUGCGCGCCGAUCCAAUGGUGGAACGGAAGGCCGCCAUGGAAAGGAUGGAGCUUUCGAUGAAGGAGUUGGAGGAGACGUAUGUGAAGCAGUGCAGGGUGGUCAGGGAGAAGUCCCUCAACCUCCUCAGGACAAGCUUGCCGGAGCUGUUCACGGUUGUCUCAGAUUUCUCACUGCAAUCGGCAGGGAUGUUCAAGGGCCUGUGGUCGAUUGCACACACCAAUGAUCAACUGGAUGAAUGAUAAGUUAAAUCUUUGUUGCUGUAAACUUUGUGAUUUUUCUUUUUGUUCAUGUUGAUAGCUUGCUUAGUUGUUGUAGAUUUUGGUUUGUGGUGUCAAAGAUGAAUUUAUGAUAGAGUUAUAGGAGUUUUACAUGGUGUUUGAAAGAGGGAACUGUGUUUUUGUCUCAUAUUUGAUAAAUAUAUUGUAGGUUUUACAUCAUGUCGAGCUGUAGCAAUACAAGGAAAAUGAUUGCUUCAAACUUUUGUCAAUGGUGCUUGGUGUUAAUGAUGAUGAGAUCAGCCCUGUCCGAGGCUUGUGUUUUGGGUGUUUUGGGAAACCAGCCCUGGUUGGGUUGAUGCUUUGAUAAUGUGAUAAAUCAGCACAAGCACGACAACGUGAUGACAGUAGUAGUAUUUGUCAAUUUACCUCUUUUAAUCACCGAAGCUUGACCAGAAUAUUCUAGUGUUUUCUGUCACUUUAUUAGCUUGUUCUGAAUAUAUCCUACUCGUAUAAAAGAGGGGGCUUGUACUGUACUGAAGGGGAAA